AACAAGUAUCUUGUAAAGUUGCUGUUAGUUUGUAAUGAUAAUUAUCUCGUUAAUCAACUGUUGUUACCUGUUGUGUUAGCAGGCUAGAUUGAACUUAGAAUUAAUCAUAGAACGAAUUUUUUGUGUUUGACAAUGACUGAUAAAUAAUCAUGUAUAUAAUGCAUUUGAUACAGAGAAAACUGGCAGAUGCUGAACAGGAAGAAGUAGAAGAAUUCACAGAUGUACAAGCGCGAAAGAAAUAUGUAAAAUUUUUGAAAAAUCUCUCUCCAGUAGUAAAUAUUAUAAUUAAAACUAUUGAGGAUGUAAAUAAAAAAUCGCAAGAUGAUCAGAAAGAGCCGGACGACUCAACAGAUCUGCUAACAAGAAACACAAGUGUAGAGAUUACGAAAAAAAUUCCUUCAGCAUGGAAAAUCGUUAUUAAAACUGUUCAAGAUGAAAUUAGAAAGUCGAUGGAUGCUGAAAUAGAUGAUGAAGAAUUAACGGGGAAGGAAUCGAGAGAGAAAUAUUUUAAUUUCUUGAAAAUCCUCUUACUAAUAUUAUCGCUGAUUAUAAAAUCUCAUGGAGAAAGAAUU